CGACCGGAACCGGAAGUGGAUCCCCCAAGCUAGGAGGAAGAAGCCGGCGCGGCCCCGUCAGCAGCCGGCCGCGGCUGUUCUGAAGGACGGCGGCCGCGCUCCCGAGAGCGGGUCUGGGGUCCAGCCGGCGGCCCGAAGGUGCGGCGCCAUGAAGCUGUACAGCCUCAGCGUCCUUUACAAGAGCGAGCCCAAAGCGGUGCUGCUCAAAGCCGCGUACGACGUGUCCUCCUUCAGUUUCUUCCAGAGGUCCAGUGUUCAGGAAUUCAUGACCUUUACAAGUCAACUGAUUGUGGAACGAUCGGCAAAAGGCAGCAGAGCCUCUGUCAAGGAACAAGAGUAUCUUUGCCAUGUCUACGUCCGGAGUGACAGUCUUGCAGGUGUGGUCAUUGCUGACAGCGAAUACCCUUCCAGAGUGGCCUUUACCUUGCUGGAGAAGGUACUAGAUGAAUUCUCCAAACAGGUGGAUAGGAUAGACUGGCCAGUAGGAUCACCUGCUACAAUCCAGUACACAGCCCUGGAUGGUCACCUUAGUAGAUACCAGAACCCCCGAGAAGCUGACCCCAUGAGCAAAGUACAAGCUGAACUGGACGAGACCAAAAUCAUUCUGCAUAACACCAUGGAGUCUUUGUUAGAGCGAGGCGAGAAGCUUGAUGACUUGGUGUCCAAAUCAGAAGUACUGGGAACACAGUCGAAAGCCUUCUAUAAAACUGCCCGGAAACAAAACUCGUGCUGUGCAAUCAUGUGAUGUAGCCCCCAGAGGCAGGCGCUGGACCGUCAUGUCACAUCAGAGCUACAGCCCCUGGAGAUGAAGCGAUACCCUACAAGAAGAUCUGGAGCCAGACAGACUGGCGGCUUUUAUUUUGAAGUUCUCAAGAGGAAUGGAGGGAUGUCUUAAGGGUGGGAACAUUGAUGUUCAUAUGUGUGGCUGUGACUUUGGGAAAGAAUUUGAGGUCCUCAAAGAUGUAAUGUUGGGAAAAUGAAACCAUAAACUCUAAGUGACUCUUAUAGGUGCUGAAGGGCUCAUUCUCAGCUAACCCUGGAAGGCUGUAUGGGAGGGAAUCUUUCCUGAUCCUUGGUAUGACUUAGGAUUUCAUUUGUGCGUUAACGAUAUUAACUCUCCAAUGCGUGGGGUGGGGGGGAGGGGUCUCGGAUGAUAGGGCUGGGGUAGGCAGAGUUUGAACACUCCAGAAUUCUAUUCUCCGCACUGUGGGGGUUGGGGGAAGCUCACCAUGACCAUCAUCAGGACUGUAAAAGGCAGUGGUCACUGGGUCUCCCCUGUUUGGCUUGCCUGUCUGCUAGAGUUGGCAUCUGCCAGGGACAGGGCCCAUCCUAAAUAUCUUCAUCUAGUACCACGAAAAACGACUUAUGGGAAGCAGACACAGGUGCCCUCAGCUAUCCAGUGUGGAGGCACACUCACCUUGACUUGCAGUCGGACUUUGGACAUCAAGAUCAAAGUAGUAGGUGCCAUCAUCUCUCAAGGAUGGUUUUAUUUGUCUCUGUCUACAAGGCUGCCUUGGCAACUGCUUAGGGCCUGCAUGUUUGAACAAGUCAUUCCUAUGGGGUUCAGGAGAGGUUCCAGCAGCCUGAAGAUUCCCAGCAUCCACCUGUGGUCUGUCCAUCUCUGGCCUACAAGCCCUUCCCAGUCAGAGACGGCUGCAGGGUACGGCAUGUUGAGGGGUUGGUCUGAGCUAGCACCCACUGCCAGCACUGUGUGGUGAGCCCAGGAUGUGCUGGGUCCCACAUUGUCUCUUCAUGUUCUUCUGUGCAGAGUCUGUUGUGAGAUCCUGUCUCCCCAGAAACAACUGCUGGGAUGCUAGCCUCUGAGUUUUGAACCAGAGUUGGCUUACUCUGAUGGUCCCUGCCCUGAGCCUGCUGAGCUACCUUCAGAGUACCCGUAGAGGGAGGGGGAUGUCUACUACGGCUUCCAAAAUUCUUACUUAUUGGUAUAUCUGCCUAUUUCUCUGGGUACUGCUAGCCAGAGGGCUCAGGCUCCCCCUGGAGCGGCCUGUCCAUAUGUUUCCUGCUGCCACAGACCUCUCCAUCCCAGGGUCCAGCCUGUCGCUGGCACUAGAGGUGGAAUGAGUGGCCUGGCGUGCUGCCUGUUUUUCUUCUUGCUCUGGAGGGUGCUGGGGAAGAGUGGGGUGGGUGGAGGUGGGCGUGUGUGGGACAGAGACAACCUUUGUCCACACACGACUGUCCUCCAGGGAAUCACUGGUCUGCAGUGGAUUGAGUGCCCCGUCUGCCCUCCAUUAUAUUCUAAUGUUAAAUCACUUGGCGGAAGUGUAUUUUAAUAAUGCCUACUUUCUGUUCUGUUUGAAGGUUUCUGUCUAGAUAAAAUUGUCUUUUGAAAUUCCA